GUGUUUCCUUGUUAUGAUGGAAGGCGGUGUGUGGUGUAGAAAAUGGAAAACGAUAGCUGCUGUACUGCUCUUGUGUUUUUUAGCGCUUGGUCUAACAUUUUUCAGCUGGCAAGGAUUAAGUAAAGCAUUUAAAGUGUGGAGGAGUUCUGAAGUGGGAAAUGCUACGUUUAAUGGGAGAGAGUUUGAGUCGGCUCCUUCUGUGGCUGUUGGCCCAAAAAUGGGAUUAAAUGCCUCAAGCCAAGCUGACAUCAGUGAAACUGGUAUGACUAUGGGAGAUGGAUGGGGCACCUCUAACUCUUCGCUUCACUGUGGCCCUACCAAAAUGAAAUUUAAAGUGAUGGGCCUGGGUGCUGCUGAGCUACAACUGGACAUUGGCAACUCAGAAUAUGUACCGUUUAGCCAGGUGCCUGAAGCUUGUGGUAUCUUGGUGAACCAGACUAAGCUUGAACUUGUGCUACUUGUUCGUUAUGAUAGCUGUACAGUCUUACAAGAGAAUGGGACGUACAUCCUCACAGUGAGAUGGAGGGAGAGUGGCUUUAAUAUAACCUGCCCCGCUGAGGCGAACACGACAGAGCCUGCUUUUCCUUUAAAGGAUAAUUUGCCUCUCAACACUCUCAGCCUUCAUCGUAUAAGACGCAAUUUAAGAUGGCAUCCCAUGUAUUAUCCUUGUAGUCCAUAUAGUCGUUAUCCACUCUGCCUGUAUACCCCACCACCUGCAACUACGACUGCUACUGCCACAGCUAGCUCAAUUUAUAAAAAUCCCUACUUCUGGAAAAAACUCUUUGGACUUUACCCAAUGUAUUCUCGCUACUUUAAAGAGCAGAAUCAUCCCCUGCACUCUUAUUACCAUGCUUACAAACGUCCAAGAUGGCUAAUGUAUCCCCAAGCAACUCUGACUCCUCAGGUAGCUGGCCACCCCUUCUACCAAUUCUUUAUGGAUUACCCUACUCCCACAAUGCCAACAACUACAGCCAACAUGCUCAGUAGUUACUGCCCAUACGUUAGAAGGACUGGUCCUUUUGACAGGCUGUUUUUUGCGCCAAGAAUCUCAUUUGGAAACUAUGAAAUGCCGGAGGACCAGCAAAAUGUGCCUCCUCAGAUCAACUCUGGAUACCAAAGUCCAGCAAAUCCUGACUCUUUCUGGGAGUCAUUCCCUUUGCUUUAUCACACUGCAAGCCAAGAUGAUCCAUACCUUGACUGGGAGGACCUAACUUCUAGAUAAAUGCCAAUGCUCUCCUGGAACAGAAGUUGGCUUGUUCUCCUUUUUAGGUGCCUGGG